AUGUCUUCUGCUGCUCAAUAUGUUCCUCUUCCUGAGGGUGCUGGUUAUGCCGUUGUGGUUGGCCUAGGCUUCGUGUUCUCCGCUGGUAUGGUGGCCACCACCUACUGUCUUAAGCGUUAUAACAAGGAAAUUAUGACUGCUGAAGAAUUCGCUACUGCUGGUAGAUCCGUCAAGCCAUUUCUUCUUUCUGCUGCUGUGGUUUCGUCUUGGACUUGGGCAGCCACGCUUUUAACAUCUACUACUCAAGUCUAUAACAAUGGUGUUGGUGGUGCCAUGUUCUACGCCUGUGGUGCCACGGUUCAAAUUAUUUUAUUUUCCUGUUUAGCUAUUAAGGGCAAGGAGCGGGCUCCUGGUGCUCACACAUACUUGGAAAUCGUCAAGGCUCGUUAUGGUAAGUGGACUCACGGUGUCCUUUCUUUCUGGGGUUUUGCUACAAAUGUGCUUGUCACAGCCAUGUUGCUCACUGGUGGGUCUGCUGUGAUGAACGAUUUGACGGGCAUGAACGUUGUUGCUGGCUGUUUGCUUUUACCAUUGGGUGUGGUGAUUUAUACCAUGUUUGGUGGUCUUAAGGCUACUUUGCUUACGGAUUAUGCUCAUACUGUUGCCGUGUUGGUGAUUUUGUUGGUUUUUGCAUUCAACGCUUUUGCUGUUUCUGACAAGUUGGGAUCUCCUGGCGUUGUUUGGGAAAAGAUCACCGAGCUCGCUUUCACUAAACCAAGAGAGGGUAACGCUGAAGGUUCUUACUUGACCAUCCAGUCUCGUUCAGGUGGUAUUUUCUUUGUUAUCAAUCUUGUUGGUAACUUUGGUACUGUUUUCUUGGACAAUGGUUACUUCAACAAGGCUUUUGCAUCUGACCCUGCUGCUACCAUGCCUGGAUACGUUAUGGGCGGUUUGGUUUGGUUUGCUAUCCCAAUGUUCACUGCAACUACUAUGGGUCUUACUGCCCUUGCAUUGGAAGGUACACCUCACUGGCCUUCUUACCCUCACACAAUGACCACUGAUGAAGUCACUGCUGGGUUGGUUUUGCCUAAUGCUGCCACUGCUCUUUUGGGUAAAUCUGGUGCUGUUAUGUCGAUUUUGUUGACUUUCUUGGCUGUGACUUCUUCCAUGUCUUCUGAGCUUAUUGCUGUGUCGACCAUUUUCACUUACGAUUUCUACCGUGGAUACAUCAACCCUAAGGCAUCUGGUAAAAAGUUGAUGCUCAUGUCUCACGGCUCAGUUAUCGUGUUUGCAUAUGUCAUGGCUGGGUUUUCUAUUGGCUUGUACUAUGCUGGUAUUGCUAUGGGUUACUUGUAUGAGUUGAUGGGUAUUAUCAUUGGUGGAGCUGUGCUUCCUUCUACAUUGACGCUUUUCUCCAAGCGUCAGAACUGGGCUGCUGCUACAUUCACUCCACCAAUUGCUACCAGUUUGGCUAUCAUGUCCUGGUUGGUUUGCACUAAAUCCAAGUAUGGCAAAAUCGACAGAUACACUACUUUCGAGGAUGAUCCCAUGUUGACCGGUAACGUGGUGGCCUUGUUAUCGCCAUUGAUUAUCAUUCCUACCCUUACGCUCAUUUUCAAGCCCCAGAACUUCGACUGGAACCUUUUGAAGCUUAUUUCUCGUGUGGAUGAAACCGACGAGCUUAUAGAAGCCGAAGGUCCAACGCACGCUGACGCCGAAAGCAUGUCUGACGAUGUCCACCCAGUGAAAUCCCAAAUCACCAUUGCUGCUCAUGAAAUUGCUCUUAUGAAAGCCGACGAUUACGCUGAAGAGUCCAAGAGACUCAACAAGGCAUUCAAGAAAGCCGCAUGCAUCUGUGUCUUUUUAGCCUUGUCAUUGAUCAUCUUAUGGCCCAUGCCCAUGUACGGAUCCGGGUACAUUUUCAGCCGGGAGUUUUUCACCGGGUGGAUUGUUGUGCUUUUCAUCUGGACGUUUAUCACUGGAUUCGUGGUUAUCAUUGGUCCACUUUGGGAAGGCCGCUACGGUAUAUUCUACACAUUGAGAGGCAUUUACUGGGACAUGACCGGCAGAACAUGGAAAUUGAGGCAAUGGCAAAACGACAACCCCGAGCAGAUGCACGCCGUCAGAAGUCAAGUUUCUGCCGAAUUAGCCAGAAUCACUUCCUUCGAUGGUGUCAAUGGAGAUGGAGGAUACAUUACUCCACAUAACAUUGACGAGGAGCUCGACGAAAAGAAGUAA